CAGCUGAUAACAGUUUUAUACUUUGUUCUUUAAAUAGUUUCCCCCUGCAGUUGUUACACGAGAUAUUGCUGGUAGCGUUGAUUUUUCUGCUCAAAUCGUUGGCUUAAAAAAUAACGAAAGACAUCCAUGUGCAGGAUCCUUUGUUUAUUUUUUAGUUUGUGAGGAAGUAAUCCUAAAAACAAACUUAAAUUUGAUAGUUCAGUAAACAUCCGCUCAUAUAAAGGAGCAUUUCUUUAAUCAUAAGAUUUUAAGGCGGUCGGUAGUUUUGAGCAAAGUGUCAAAGUGUUUUUCUAAAAGAAAACUUUACACCCUGACGCUGAUCUCAUAUCUAAUGAAGAGUCGGCACGUUCCCCCUACAGGCUGUCUCGGCGGUCGCAGCCAGUCGGCGGAGGAGCACAGGAAGGCACGAGCUCAUCUCUCGCGAGGAACGACGCCGUUAUCGGAAUCUCUAGAAACAACACGAGAAUUCGUCAUUCACACGUUAUGAAUGAUGUCUGAACAAGAGUUAGAUGACAUCGUGCAAAUAACAGUGGAGGACUUUACACACCAAGACCGCACUGAAAUGCUUGACAAUCAUGAGGACGACGAAGAAAGGCCACAGAAGAAAAAGAGAAAAUUGAGCCAGAGCCAGGACAACAACAACAACAACAAUCAAGAUUUAUCUUUUAUUAAGAAUCUUUUGGUUUCGUUUACUGGAUCAAUCAGCCAACGUCUGGAUGGAAUUGAAUCAAAGCUACAGGCCUUGGAUGCCACAUGCAAAGCUCUUGGACGCAAACUUGACAGCAUGUCUCCUUGUUCCAAGAGUCCAAUCCAGGUUCCUAUGGUUGCAGGAUCACCACAGGGUGCUACUCAGACUUGGAACAAAGUGCGAUGUGUUGUUCCACAAACAAAUGUAAUAGUCAACAGGGAUCAUCCAAAGACCCCAGGCCAAGAAGAUUCUCCAUUGGAAAACCUUCUCAGCAACACAGUGACCAGGAAGCGCCAGAACACAAUUGUGGUCAAAGUUCCGGCUGGGGAAGAAAGCCAGGAGGAGCAGGAAAGCGGCUCAGAGGCCAGUGACUCCAUUUCUAAUAGCGGUCACUCGAGUGGCGCCCAGAAUGGACAAAACGUCACUCUCAUCACACUUAACGCAGAAGAGGAUUAUCCUGAGGGCUCCUGGUUGGGAGAUGAGAAUAACCCAGAGAUGCGCGUUCGUUGUCCAGUGUCGUCGGCCGACAUGCUUCACAUCAGCACAAACUGUCGCACAGCAGAGAAGAUGGCCCUGACCCUAUUGGAUUACCUCUUCCACCGCGAGGUUCAGGCCAUGUCGAACCUUUCUGGUCAAGGAAAACAUGGAAAAAAGCAGCUUGACCCACUCAUGAUCUACGGCAUUCGCUGCCACUUAUUCCAUAAAUUUGGCAUCUCUGAAUCGGACUGGUACCGGAUCAAGCAGAGCAUUGAUUCAAAAUGUCGCACUGCUUGGAGACGUAAGCAGCGUGGUCAGAGUUUGGCGGUCAAGAGCUUCUCCAAACGCACGCCUCGUAAUUCGGCUGCAGAUGAAAGCCUCUCAGAGGAAACUCCCCACAUUGAGGCAACCACCCAGCAGACCUUGCACUACACGUUAGCCAAUCAGCAGGUCCAGUUCCACCGCAUCAGUGAAGAUGGGCAAGUUCAAGUGAUCCCACAGGGACAGCUACACAUUGCCCAGGUGCCCCAAGGAGAGGAGGUCCAAAUCACGCAAGACAGUGAGGGAAAUCUUCAGAUUCAUCAGGUGCACGUUGGCCAGGAUGGACAGGUGCUGCGUGGUGCUCAGCUGAUCGCUGUUGCGUCUGCGGAUGGAGCAGCCACUGCAGUGGAAGGCUCCGCCCUCCCGCCUGAUAUCCAAGUGCAGUACGUCCAACUGGCACCUGUAACAGAUCACGCUGCAGCUGUCCAGGCUGCUGAGUUGGCCCCCGCCCUGCAGGCUGACAUCGAGGUGAAAGAGGCCAUCCAAGGUGCCAUCCAUGGAGGCAGCGGCGAGGUUGUCCAGAUUGUCACCUCUGUUGCCACCUGAGAUCUUAUUGUGUUCGAAUCUUAUCUCUUCCUUUCAGUUUGGUUUGAUAAACUUCUAAACAGUCCGACAAGCACACAACUUCAAAAGUCUGAAGAAAUAUUAAAGGUCACUGAUGAAACGGAGGGAUAACUUUUAUUUUUUUUAUUUUUUUUUGUUUUGUUUGAUUUUCCUGGCAAAUGUCUCACUUCAUUGCCAGACAGAUUUUGCAGUGUGGGAAUAUUCACAGAUCUUUAAAAGACUUUUGUGCUCCAUCAUCAUGAAAAAGGUCUUUCUGCGCUGCAAAAAACGUAUCUUUAUGCGGAGCGUCGUCCUGCCUCAACAUCAGCUCCAAUUCUUCUGCACAUGGAGAUAUUUGUACUAAAUCUGUACAGAAACUUGCACUGGAAAGUGGAUUUAGAGAAGAAAUGCUAACCUCCGUUGUUUUUAAGAGAGUUCUUUUUGUUACAACAGCUCAGUCCAUAAUUUGUCUCCCAGCUAUUAGCUUAACCCUCUUUUACUGUGUUCAGCUUGUUUACAUAGUUGUUCAGUCCCACAGUUUAGUUUGUUUUAUUUAUGUAAUUGCAAGAUGAUAUGAAUUGAAUGUGGAAAGCUUUAACUUCAGAAGGGCACGAAUUAAAGAGAUGGUGCCAGUGGUAGGCAGAACUAGAUGCUUUUCGGCGGACAAAAAACCCCUAAAAGAUGUUCGUCUCCUCCAAUUUUGCCUGUGUGACUGAUCCGUUCGUGUGAAUAAACAUGUUUGUGGUUACCAUAAAAGGGUGCUUUUAUUUUAGUUCUCAAAAAAGAGGAUUUAUGACUGUCUGAAACGAUCAUUUCUAUUUGAGGCUGUGGAGGUUGUUAAAACAAUCAUACAAACUUGCUACUGGGCUGUCAGCAAAAGGGAAAAA